AUGGCUCGUCUCAACAGCAAGGCUGUGGCGGCCGCCGUGGUCCUGGCGGCGGUGGUGCUGAUGAUGGCCGGCAGGGAGGCCUCGGCGGCGCUGUCGUGCGGGCAGGUGGACUCCAAGCUCGCGCCGUGCGUGGCGUACGUGACGGGGAGGGCGUCCUCGAUCAGCAAGGAGUGCUGCUCCGGCGUGCAGGGGCUGAACGGCCUGGCCCGCAGCAGCCCGGACCGCAAGAUAGCGUGCAGGUGCCUCAAGAGCCUCGCCACCAGCAUCAAGUCCAUCAACAUGGGCAAGGUCUCCGGCGUGCCCGGCAAGUGCGGCGUCAGCGUGCCCUUCCCCAUCAGCAUGUCCACCAACUGCAACAAGUAUGUUCUAAUCUUUCGGUCUACUCAUCCAAAUGCAUGCAUUUUCAUCUUCUCGCGCAGCCGUGUAGUCCAGAUCUUGUGCAUAUUUCCAUGUGGCGCUACUCCAUAA